UCUGCCCCAUGGCCACACCCCCCGGCGAUUACUAUUGGGCGCCCCCGGCCCCAUCGGAAAAGCUGCUCCUGCGCUAAGUGGGCCGGCUCCCUGUCUGUCAGCCUAGCCUGUCAAAACACGCCUGGCUCUGUCACAACAGAGGAGUAGAGCCGCGGCACUUCCUGCUCGCGGGCGGGCGGGCGGCUGGCUGCAGCUUACCCCGAGCGCUCUGCUUGUGCCUUGCACGCGCGCCCCGGGAUCCUGUCCCUCGUGUUCUGCCUGGCACAGGCGGGGCGCGCGCCCGCCCUUUCCCCGCCGCUGGAAAGCCCCCUCCUGCUACAAGGGAGACCCUCCCCUGCGCCUCCGGGGCUGCUGCCUUGGCGGGGCUGCAUAGCCACCUCCCGCUGCAGACGGAGCCGGGCUAACGAUGACUCCCCCUGAGAAAGUUGCUGCCGCCGCGGUGCACUAGGAGGAGAGGCUGGAGAUCCGCGCGCCCCACCCUGGUGUCUCCCCGCGCCCCGAGCGGAGGGUGAUGGCCGAACGCGCGGGUCCUGCCCUGCCCGAGGCGUCUCACAAGGGCGGGGAGGAAGCCGAGCUGUGCCUAGAGCCGGUAUCCCUGGAAAUCCCUGCGGUGGCUCCAGGCAGGAGACGGGAGCGCCGCAGCGGACUGGCUAUGGCAGGAGCCGCCGAGCGCUUUCCCGGCAGCCUGGGGACCUCGGCGGGGGCAGCAGCGGAUCCCGAAGCCAGCCUCUUGGAAGCUGCCAAGGCGACCCCUCGCAGGAGCAGUAUUAUCAAGGAUCCUUCCAACCAAAAAUGUGGAAGGAAGAAAACUGUGUCCUUCAGCAGCAUGCCAUCCGAGAAGAAAAUAAGCAGUGCUAGUGACUGUAUCAGCUUUAUGCAGGCUGGGUGUGAACUGAAGAAAGUCCGUCCAAAUUCCCGCAUUUAUAAUCGUUUUUUUACUCUAGACACUGACUUGCAAGCUCUUCGCUGGGAACCUUCCAAGAAAGACCUUGACAAGGCUAAGCUUGAUAUUUCUGCUGUAAAAGAGAUAAGACUAGGGAAGAACACUGAAACAUUCAGGAACAAUGGACUUGCAGACCAGAUUAGUGAAGACUGUGCAUUCUCUGUAAUUCAUGGGGAGAACUACGAGUCACUUGACCUGGUUGCCAAUUCAGCUGAUGUGGCCAACAUUUGGGUGUCAGGUUUACGUUACCUGGUUUCUCGUAGCAAACAACCUCUGGAUUUGAUGGAAAACAGCCAGAAUACCCCACGGUUUGUGUGGCUAAAAACUGUAUUUGAAGCUGCAGAUGUUGAUGGUAAUGGCAUAAUGUUAGAAGAUACAUCUGUAGAGUUAAUCAAACAGCUUAAUCCUACCCUAAAGGAAUCAAAGAUUAGGUUAAAAUUUAAAGAAAUCCAAAAAAGCAAAGAAAAACUAACAACUCGAGUAACUAAAGAGGAAUUUUGUGAAGCAUUCAGCGAACUUUGCACAAGACCUGAAGUUUAUUUCUUACUAGUGCAGAUAUCUAAAAACAAAGAAUAUUUGGAUGCUAAUGACCUCAUGCUUUUUUUAGAAGCUGAGCAAGGAGUUGCUCAUAUAACUGAAGAAAUGUGUCUAGACAUUAUCCGCAGGUAUGAACUUUCUCAAGAAGGACGGUUGAAGGGAUUUCUGGCAAUUGAUGGAUUUACUCAGUAUUUGGUGUCCCCAGAAUGUGAUAUUUUUGACCCUGAGCACAGAAAAGUUGUCCAGGAUAUGACUCAGCCUUUAUCACAUUACUAUAUCAAUGCAUCUCACAAUACCUAUCUAAUAGAAGACCAGUUUAGAGGACCAGCUGAUAUCAAUGGUUAUGUCAGGGCUUUAAAAAUGAAUUGUAGGAGUAUUGAACUUGAUGUUUGUGAUGGUCCCGAUAAUGAGCCCAUCAUUUGUAACCGUAAUAGCAUGACAUCACCACUUGCCUUUCGAAAUGUUAUUGAGGUAAUAAACAAAUUAGCCUUCAUUACUUCAGAGUAUCCUCUCAUUCUCUGCUUGGGUAACCACUGCUCAAUACAACAACAGAAAGUAAUGGUUCAACACAUGAAGAAGAUUUUUGGAAACAAACUCUACACAGAAGCACCUUUACCAUCAGAAGCCUACCUUCCAUCACCUGAGAAAUUGAAAAUGAAGAUCAUUGUGAAAGGGAAGAAGCUUCUCUCUGACCAGGAUUUAUUAGAAGGAGAAGUCACUGAUGAAGAUGAAGAGGCUGAAAUAUCUCGAAGAAUGUCUGAAGAUUAUGUGAAUGAACCAAGGCUGAUCUGGCUGUGCAGAGAGUUGUCUGAUUUAGUAUCGAUAUGCAAGUCUGUCCAGUACAAAGAUUUUGUGGUAUCUAUGAAAAGUCAGAAUUAUUGGGAAAUCUGCUCUUUCAGUGAGGCAGAGGCCAGUAGAAUUGCAAACGAGUAUCCAGAGGAUUUUGUCAAUUACAACAAGAAAUUUUUGUCUAGGAUAUACCCAAGUGCUAUGAGGAUAGACUCUAGUAACUUAAAUCCCCAAGAUUUUUGGAAUUGUGGUUGUCAGAUAGUAGCAAUGAACUAUCAGACUCCAGGACCAAUGAUGGAUCUACAUACUGGCUGGUUUUUACAGAAUGGGGGAUGUGGCUAUGUCCUUAGACCUUCUGUUAUGCGUGAUGCAGUAUCUUACUUUAGUGCAAAUACAAAGGGCAUUGUUCCAGGGGUCUCUCCUCAAGUUCUACAUGUCAAAAUUAUCAGUGGUCAGAACUUUCCAAAACCCAAGGGAGCUUGUGCAAAAGGGGAUGUCAUAGACCCGUAUGUUUGCAUAGAAAUUCAUGGAAUUCCUGUAGACUGUGCAGAACAAAGAACUAAAACUGUUCAGCAAAACAGUGACAAUCCUAUUUUUGAUGAAAGCUUUGAGUUCCAAAUAAAUCUACCAGAACUUGCCAUGAUCCGUUUUGUUGUUUUGGAUGAUGACUAUAUUGGUGAUGAGUUUAUAGGCCAGUAUACCAUACCACUUGAAUGUUUACAGCCUGGAUAUCGACAUAUACCCUUGCGCUCCUUUGUUGGAGAUAUCAUGGAGCAUGUUACACUUUUUGUUCACAUUGCAAUAACUAAUCGAAGUGGAGGAGGAAAAGCACAGAAGCGCAGUCUGUCGGUGAGAAUAGGAAAGAAAGGAAGCGAGUAUACCAUGCUGAGGAACACAAGCCUUAAGAUUAUAGAUGAUAUCUUUAAACUAGCAGUGCAUCCAUUACGAGAGGCCACUGACAUGAGGGAAAACAUGCAGAAUGCAAUUGUGUCCGUUAAAGAGCUUUGUGGACUCCCUCCAAUUGCCAGUCUGAAGCAGUGCAUCUUGACUUUAUCCUCCCGGCUCAUAAACAGCGACAAUACUCCCUCUGCCACUGUCUAUAUGAAAGAUACAUUCCCUUACCUGGAGCCUCUGGGGACCACGCCUGAUGUGCAGAAAAAGCUUAUGUCUGCAUACGAUCUGAUGAUUCAAGAGAGCAGAUUUCUUAUUGAAACAGCAGACACCAUUCAUGACAAGAUUGUUCAGUGUCAGAAAGCAGGCAUGGAAUUCCAUGAAGAACUUCAUAACCUUGGGGCAAAGGAAGGUUUGAAAGGAAGAAAACUAAGCAAAGCCAUUGAAAGUUUUGCAUGGAAUAUCACUGUGCUGAAGGGGCAAGGAGAUCUGUUGAAGAAUGCCAAGAAUGAAGCCAUAGAGAAUAUGAAGCAGAUCCAGCUGGCCUGCUUGUCCUGUGGACUGAGUAAAACUGGAAGUGGAAACAUGGAUGCAAAAUCAAAACGAUGCCUUGAGGCAAUAGAGGAGAAGGAUACUGGGGAUGAGAACGGCAGGCUGUGAGAGAAGGCAGAGCUGUCAUAUUUGUCAUAUAUUUCAAUAACUUUAAACUAUUUUUUUAAAGCA